CAAGACCGCUGCCGCCGCCCGGAUCGCCGCUCGGCUGUGGAAAUGCCCGGAUGCUCCCACUGCCUGCUGCACCGGCGCACAAAUGCGGGAGGAGCGCAAGGUACACCGUGUGAUGGUCAGGACAGUCGACCUCAGGAGGACGCCAGUCACCGGGAAAUUCCACCUCGGAAAAUCUUAGAUCCCGUAGGGCUUUUUAAUUUUACAUAAGGUAUUUAAGUUACCGCGGCGAGAAGAACCAUGAGCAGCAAAGUCUCCUGGGACACCCUGUACAAGGCGGUGUGGGAAGUCCUGCACGGAAACCAGAAACUCAACAAGAAUAAGAAAUUAGUCAAGAAGCCGGCCAAGAAGUAUGAUGCCUUUUUGGCUUCAGAAUCUCUGAUCAAGCAGAUCCCACAAAUCCUGGGCCCAGGCCUAAAUAAGGCUGGCAAGUUCCCUUCCUUGCUGACCCACAAUGAGAACAUGGUGGCCAAAGUGGAUGAAGUGAAGUCCACCAACAAAUUCCAGAUGAAGAAGGUGCUGUGUCUGGCAGUGGCUGUUGGCCAUGUGAGGAUGACAGAUGACGAGCUCGUGUACAACAUCCACUUAGCGGUCAAUUUCCUGGUGUCCUUGCUCAAGAAGAACUGGCAGAACAUCUGGGCUUUAUACAUCAAGAGCACCAUGGGCAAGCCCCAGCGCCUGUACUAAGGCACAGCUCAAUAAAUCCUAGUGCUGAUGGGUGGUCAUGUUCUCCAUACUGCAAACCCGGAAGUACAUUCUAUCUACCUUCAAAAAAAAAAAAGCAGCAGCAGCUUAGAUUUCAUUCUGCAUGCAGUGGGGACUUCAGCAAACGUUUAUGAGCAGAAAUUUCUACAAUCAGAGCUGCUUCAAGAAGAUGACUUUGUAGCACUGUGAAGGAUAAUUAGAAGGGUGGGGAGAUAGGAGGCAAAGGCCUGGCAGAGAUUGGUAGUAUGUUCAGUGGAAAAAAAGGAGUCAAAGAUAAUUCCCAGCAACCUAGGACAUUUUCCUUUUCCUUUGCGUUUAGUGCCAUAACUUCCCCCCAGUCACCCAGACUAGAAACGCAGAGCCACUUUUGGCUCCUUCCUCACCUGCCCAAAUCUAAAGGUCCCUUAUAAAGAUCCCUAAUUCAUGACCCUGAGCAUCCCCCCUCCCCCAGCUAUUUACUUUCAUUUCAGACCUCAUCAGUUCUCAUUUAGUUACCAUAAUGGCUUCCUAACUAGUUUGACUGCCUUCCAUCUCUUUGCUCUCCAACACACUGCAGCCAGAGAAACCUUUUUAAAGGAAAAAAUUCCUCCACUUAAAUCCCCACUCCUUACAGGUUGAAGUCUAAACUCCUUAGUUUGGCUGACAGACCCAUUCAUUCUGGAUUCUGUGGAAUCUAUUUUAUCUCAGGAUGUUUCCUCAUACCCAACUAUUCUCCAGCCCCACUGAGCUAUUUGCUGUUUCCAGAGCAUACUAUGUUGUUUUAUGGGUCCUUGUCUUAGUUCGUGCUCUCUGAUGUGUCUGGAAUGCCCUUCCUCCCCUUAUUGACCCGAAAAACCACAAUUUAGUUUAAAAGUUACCUAUUCGAUAAAGCCUUCCUUAUCCACCCCCACAUACCUUGAGGCUUCCUCCUCUUUUGAAACACACAUAUCACUUACUGUUUAGGGGAUUUUAUGUCAGGAUCAGUAUCUUAUUUUCUCUGUUUCGCAGCACCUGAAUCAUAGCACAGUUGGCCCUUGAACAAUGCAGGGGUUGGAGGAGUCAACCCCCCCCAACCCAGUACAGUAAAAAAUCCACAUAUUACUUUUGACUCCCAAAAGUUAACUACUAAUAGCCUACUGUUGACAGGAAGCCUUACAGAUAACAAAAACUGUCAACUAAUAUAUAUUUUGCAUGUUAUAUGUAUUAAAAUAAAAUAAGCUAGAGAAAGGAAGACAUUAUCAAGAAAAUCAUAAGGAGAAAAACAUUUAUGGUACUGAACUGUAUUUAUCAAAAAAAGUCUGUGUAUAAGUGGACCUGUACACUCAAACCCGUGUUGUUUAAGGGUCAGCUGUACUUUAUUUGCUGAAAUACAAGAUUUGAAUGUAAGAGCACCCAAUCUUGCGAGAAAAAUUUAUGGGGGAAAUAAGUACCUUUCAUUAUACAUGUAUUUAUUUGUGUUUGUGAAAGUUUAAAUGACUUUACAGUGGUUUUGUGGAGGGAAGUAUUACAUGUUCAUGUUAAUACAACAUACGAUGUACAGUAUACUAAAUUCUAGGAAGUCACAGGUUUUGUACUUUUAAUUAUAUAGUAUAAACAUGAAUAAAGAUAGUCACAUGGUUAAAAAAUAGUGAAAAUAUAGCAGACAACAAAACAAACACACAAAAAUAUUCAGUAAAUGAAGCCCCAUGUUGUGCAUGAAGUAUCAUGAAGGCAAAUACUGGUGCUACAUCUUGGUACUAGCAACUGAAAAGCAUGCCACGGUAUCAAAUAAAUUUGAGAGAACUCUCAUAUAUAUAGCAUAUUAUCAGUAAAAAUUGGUGUAAAGCAAGAAGGGUUAAAUACAACAAAUUUAAA